AUGACAAUAAAAGCAAGGCCUCGGAGUGCCAGUGAGCCGUUUUUAAGUAUCAAGAACUUGGUUCCGUUCACGCCGCCUCCAACCCGUAACGUUUAUUUGCUAGGUGAUUCUGGUGUUGGUAAAUCGUCCAUCGCCAUGCAGUUCGUCAGUGCUUCCUACCUUAUGGAUCUCAGUGAUUUCGACUUUUCAAUCUCAGAAGAUGCCGACGAUGUUUACGACAAAACUUUUCGUGUUGAUGACGACGAGGCAACAGUGCGUCUGUUCGACACGCCCCCGUGCGGCCAUGAAUCAUUUGAGAAAAACGAAGAUAAAUACUUAAAAGACGGGGACGCCUAUUUGUUGGUGUAUUCUGUGACGAGCAGACGGAGCUUUCAGCGGGCCAAUGAACUCAGAUUCAAGCUGCGGAAAGCGAAAGAUACAGAAACUGUGCCCAUCAUCUUGGUGGGAAACAAGACGGACCUUGAAAGAUCCAGGGAAGUGAGUUUUGAAGAAGGAAGACAUUUCGCAGCCUCGUUUAAUUGUAAAUUUAUAGAAACAUCAGCGUCAUUAGGUCACAACAUCGACGAAGUGUUCGAGGGAGUAGUGCGACAAAUACGACUGAGAACGCAGAAAUCGGACGAGCUUGCGGGGAAGUCAAAGGAAAGUCCACAGAAGAGGAGGAACAGUAAACGAAGGAGAAGCUCUGUGUUGAAAAGGGUAAUCAGGAUGUCUGCCAGCAAUGGAGAAUAUCGCUGUCCUAAAUGUAAAUAUAAAUUCAAGGAGAAAAUUGGAUAUGAGUAUCAUUUUAAGUACUUAUGUGUAACCCUUUCCAAGUAUAAUCAGAAGAUUAGUACCAAAGACAGUAUAAAAACUGACACACUAUGUGAUGAUACUUCAAAGACAGUAAAACAGCCAGUCACUACAAUUGAUGUUUAUGACAAAGGAAAACAAACUGAAACAAAUCUUGAGAUGUUAGGUAAUCACUUGAACCAACCACAAGGGACAACGUCUGCACAUAACAACAGGAAGUAUAGUUCAUCUCAUUAUGAAGUAAAAAAUCAUCAAACUGUUUUGCCAGAAGCUCACGUUGAUGGGCGAAUGAGGCAGAAUAGUGAGCAAUGUAACAAAAGGAAUACUUGGUCAUUUCAAACUAAUUCCUUUAGACAGAAUGAAAGAGAAUAUGGAUCUAGCCAGAGAUGGUACAAGCAAAUGGGAAAACAUGAUAGAAAUUGGUGGAGGAGAAGGAAACAUGACGAAAAGACAAAUACAGCUAUGCAAUCACAAAAUUAUUACCGUAAAAUGUAUGAUGAAAGAAGGGAUCAGAAAACCAAAUAUCACGACCAAAGACUUCACAACACUCGAUGGUCAUCUUCACCUACUAUGCCACGUCUCGAAAAACAGACAGUUUCCCCAUUUCAAGGAGUACAUACUUCCCAGAGCAGUACUGAUAAAAGUACUAAAUGGCUGAAUGAUCAGAAGUAUAAAGAUAAUGAAAACUUUGAAAAGACUAGGUUUUUGGAUUUUUUGAAUCAAGACCCAGAUAAUUGUCAAUAUGGAAAUAAAGAGCAUAUCUCUGCAUAUAAUGAAUCUCAUUAUGAAACUGGCAAUGUCCAUUGCAGUUCCCAAUGGAGAAUAUCACCUGUUGAAAUCAAUGAUUAUGAUCUUAGUAAAGUGACAUUGCCUAAGCUCACAAAAAUCACUGAAUUAUAUUCAGGACACAAGUUCAGUGGAGGCAGUGGGUUAGAAAAUGAUUGCACUUGGAGAAAUAAUUCCAAAACUGAAAGUAAUGUGUAUAAAAAAUCGGAUGAAAUUGAAUUGAGCAUGUCCUCUAUAGUGGCUCCAGUUGUAUCAGAGCCUGAUGUACCGUGUAUGGUUGAUACCAAUAAUGAAUGUAAAAUUGGUCCAAUAAAUUCAGUUGAUGAGGGUAAAGAAUGUAAUGCUAUUGAAAAGUCAGAUAAGUUAUCAAUGCAGAACAAAACAGAAUUGUAUUCAACUAUGGAUUCUAAAACAGGUGGUGUUCUCAACAAGAAAGAGUCUGCUGCAACAGAUAUUGACCACUGUGAAGAAGAUAGAGAAGUUGCUGAAAUAAUGACAACUUUGAUGAAUCAAGACUAUCUGAAACUUGAUUUGCCAGAUGAAGAUUGGAAGGAGUUAGAGACAAUGUCACAUGAAAGUCUUUGUGAUAGUGGUAUAAUGAUGGAGUAUGGUAAACUUGACCUUACUACUGACAGCCAGGCCUCUCUGAACGAGGUGCCUUCUCGUGUUGAUAGUGUCUCCACAGAUCUUGAUAGAUUGGAUUCUGCACUUAAGAAGUCUGCAUUUGUUAUGGAUAGGUCCCCAAUUUAUGCAGCUGACAUUGACUGUUCUCCCUCCAGUGCCGGAUUUCAAGAUGUGAGUCGUGAGUACAUUGAUACCGAUAGCGGUAUUUCUGCCGAUAGAACUCCACCAAGACUUUCUCCUGUCACUCAGUCUUGUACCACACCGCCAAAUGAACUUGAUGACAUUCCAAGUUCUGUCCAGCCAACCGUGCCACUUCCAUCUUCUCCAAGAGUUGUUUUACGCCUCAAGUUGAAGAGGCUAAAAAGAGGAACAGAAAAAUAUCAUAGUUAUGAAAGGACUAAUGAGAAUCCGAUGGAUGUGAAUGAUGUUGUCAUGGAAACUGCAAAUGAGAAAUGUAAUCUAUUUGUGUGUCCUAAGUGUGAUACUAAAAUGAUGUAUGAAGAAAGUCUUGUACGUCAUACUGAGCGAAACAACUGUGUAAGAACCACCACACUAAAACAGCAGACAGCCAGGAAGCUAAGGAUGUCGCGCAUUAUUCUAUCUCGCGGCAUCAAGAACAGGCAAAUUCGUAGGAAGAGUAAAAAGACUGGUUACCUCAUGUGUGAGCAUUGUUCUGUGUUCCAGUGCCGAAGUGAGUUAAUUAUGGAAAAACAUCAACUUCAACAACACAACUUCAAAUGUCAGGUCUGUGAACAGAAGUUCCCAUUUAAGGAUGUGUUAGAAGACCAUUUUGAAGAGAAACACAAUACCCCAUAUUGUGAACUUUGUGCCUUGGAGUUUGUGAAAGAAGACCAGUUGACUGAACAUAUCUGGGAUUUACAGCAUAAACGAAUGGAACUAGCACAAAAGGUAGCCAUUGCAGCAGCACGUGGGGAAGACUAUUCUGAUAUUGUCGAUCAGGUCAAACAGUUAGAACAUAGGAAUAAGGAAUUUGACAAAAAGGAGGAAAUAAAAACAGCGGAUACUGAUACUGAAUUAAUCUGUGAUGAACAUCCUUUCAAUGAAUUGAAUUCAAUUGAAAAUAAAACAAUAGAAUCAGAUGAUGAUGUGUGCAUUCAUAACUCCAAGAGAUUUAUUGUGUUUAAUGAUGAGGAUAUGCAAGUCUACAAUAGUGUCACAAUUAAGGAUGCUACACAGAACUUGUGUAGAAAUAAAUACAGUGAGUGUAGUAAUUUUCUUAUGCGACAGAUGGAUUUGCUCAUGGCUCGAUAUGCCAAUCCCACUAAAAAGAUUACAAGUUUAGGAAAUAAUAGCAACUGUUGUUGUGUCAGCAAAAGGACAAAACAAAACCAAAGCUGCAAGAAUAACAAGGUUCUUCAUUCUGCUGAGUUUGGUGGUACAAAGAAUGGCAAGAAACAAGUUCCUGUAGCUUUGAAGAGAUUGUUCAACUAUCUGACUGAUAAAGAACCAGCAGAGGAUAUCGUCUUGGAUGAGCCAAUAGUGACUAGGAAAAGAAGGCUCAGUAAGCAAUCUGAUAUAAACAGUAAAGACAUUUGUGAUACAUUCUCCCCAAAAGUUAGAAAGCCGAGUUUGUAA